GCGGCGCAAAUCCCGCAAAUCCCGCAAAUCCCGCUCUCCAUGUUGGGAUGGAUGGAUGGAGGAUUUAAAAAAGAAAGAAAGAAAGAAAGAAAGAAAGAAAAUCUGUCUGCGCGUGCACAUGAAGUAUAGCUUAUCUAUAAUGUGAAUCUAUAUUAUGACCUACAUUCAGGAUGAUAAUUUAUCCUAUAAUAGCCUUUAAUAAUUUAUUUAUAUAAUAAUAAAUAAUAUUAAAUAAAGGGUGCAUUAGUAUAACAGUGCUUGUGUAAAUAGGUGCACUAUUUGGCUGUUCCUGAUUACAGUUUGAGUUUAUUUCACCACCUUUAACAUUUAUUAUUAUUAUUAUUAUUAUUAUUAUUAUUAUUAUUGCUUAUAGAGGAUUCACUGCUCCGUCUGUUGUUUUAGCAGUGCAUUAGUAACCUUUAUUUUACACAAGCCACAUCCUCAGAUCCACCUGAUGGCAGGUAUGUGGAAGACUGUAUAUAUAUGAUGAUGGAUUGAGUCAUCAUACAGACAUAAUGUCCGGUGAUAGUGAAGAUCUGCACUUUAGUCUCCGUGCCUCAGCUUGUCUGCUCUCACACCUGCUGUAUCCUCAGGAGGAGGUGAAUCAGGUGUGUGGGAGAUGGCUCUGUUUCUGACGGAUGGAUAGCAGACACUCUAUAAUCCCACAGAGACCUGAGGCGUCUAAAAAUACUGCGCAUUGUGACCCUGUGAUGAGAGCCGGGCUUUAAAAAUAGGACGAGGACGAGGAGCAGAACAAGUUCAAGCAUGCUUUCCAGCCAGUAAACAAGCGUUAGUAAAUAAAUGUGAGUCAUCUUUCCAUCAUUCAGCCUUUCCGUGAUGGAAUAUGGAUGUGAGCUGAUGUCUGAUGUGAGCUGAUGUACUGUAAUGGCCUGUGUUAGGCCGGGCUGAGUGAUGAGGAAGCACGCAGCAGAUCUUCACUUCAUGCUGAAAAUGUAAAAUUGUAGUAAUGUGCAGGUCGAUCAUUAGCAAUCGAUAGCAGUGUCUCUGAGAAGCGCUUGGCUCAGUCUGGGGACGCACUUAGAAGACAUCCCGUCUACUAUCGUCUCUCAGCCAGCCGUACAGUAAAAACAGCCUGAAAAAUGGAGGACAAGAGGAAGAAGAGGAGUCCCAAAGUGUCUCUCCCCCAACCACCACCUCCGCCGGUGAACCCGCGCAAACUCUCCGUCCUCCCCGCCAGCAAGAGCGCCACCUUCUCGCUGGGUCUCCCCCAGCCGCCCUCCCCUAAACCCCGGGGCAAGUACAAGAGAUCCGUAGGAGCCAUGGGGACUGGCAAAGAAGUGCUCACUGUGCCCAUGCUCCCUCCCAAGGCCACGAGCCGGCCUCACAGAGAGAGACCCCGAGCGCCUCAGCCGGCCGGCCCCAGCCGAGUCACCCAGUCCUCCUCUCCUCUGCAGCACUCCUUCCUCACUGACGUCUCGGACGUGAGAGAGAUGGAGGGAGGACUCCUCAACCUGCUCAACGACUUCCACUCAGGAAAACUGCAGGCCUUCGGUAAGGUGUGUUCGUUUGAGCAGCUCGAGCACGUCCGGGAGAUGCAGGAGAAACUGGCUCGCCUUCACUUCAGCCUGGACAGCCAUGUCGAGGAGCUCUCAGAGGACCAGCGGAAAAGUGCUUCAGACCGCAACCUGGAACACCUGCUCUCAAAUCUGGAAGAGCUCAGCAGCUCCAUACAGAAGUUACACCUGGCAGAGAAUCAGGACUUACCCAAGGCCUCUGAUCCCUGAGACGGAGAGCAAAGCAAAGCAAUCUGCUGGCAUCCUGGAGCUGCUGAUGUCAUUGCUACACCUCAAUCAGCUAAGCUAAAACUGCACAGAGAAGCAGAACGCAAAAAAAAAAAAAAAAGCUGCAACA